AUGGCAGCACUGUUAAAUCUCUUGACGCUACUCUCGCUGCUGCUUGCCACCGAAUCCGUCAACUACAACAUCGUGGCGGAUGAGAAAAUGUUGGUCUUGCCCUGCAGCAAAGAGGAAGAUCGUGGCAAUGCGGUACUCUCCGAUUUUGUGGACGUUACCGACCUGCACCUGGAACUCGACAAGGACCUUCAAACAUUCCACAUCAGUUGCGAUAUUAAGAUCAAACUGCUGCCCAAGGGACCCAUCAAAAUGCAGGUGGAUGUCUAUCGCUGGGAGCGUGGACAGUGGUCGCCAACAGUUUUCGCUCUGAAGCGUGAUGAUAUUUGCCGAUCGCUGGCAGAUCCCUUUGAGAUAUGGCAUCUGUACAUUGUCACCCAGAUACCCAAGAGUCAGCGCAUCUGUCCACCAAAGCUAGGACAAGUUUACAACUUACGGAAUAUCACGAAUCGCAUGACGCUGAAGAAUAUGCCACGCUGGGAUAUGGAAGGUGAUCUCAAGGCCGUGGUGCAUUUUACAGUUGGCCCAAAAACCAUUUGUGCUCUUGCCUUUGUUACAAUCACAAUUGAAUAAAUUCGAAACAUAUUAUAUUAUAUAGUACAUAAUAUGUAGGCUAGUCAGUUCUUGAAACUGUUUUCUGUGCUUUUACGAUCUGUAUUCUACCUAAAUACUUCUAUCUAAAUGAAUUGCAAAUAAACAAGAUUUCGUACAGCAACACCAAAAAAAUGUCGCGUAAUUUGCAGCCAAAGUUCUCCCAUCUCAUCUUUUGUUAAAGUGAUAAG